AUGGCCCAGGCGGUGGCGCAUUGCCCCGGCGCACGAGGCGCCGGGGACGCUGAGACGGGCAAGCCCAGGAAGGUGGCGCUCAUCACGGGCAUCACGGGCCAGGACGGCUCCUACCUGGCUGAGUUCCUGCUGGAGAAGGGCUACGAGGUCCAUGGAAUUGUACGGCGAUCCAGUUCGUUCAAUACUGGCCGAAUCGAGCAUCUGUAUAAGAACCCCCAGGCUCACACUGAAGGAAACAUGAAGCUGCACUACGGCGACCUCACUGACAGCACCUGCCUCGUGAAGAUCAUCAACGAGGUGAAGCCCACCGAGAUCUACAACCUCGGAGCCCAGAGCCACGUCAAGAUCUCGUUUGACCUGGCGGAGUACACGGCUGAUGUGGAUGGCGUGGGCACCUUGCGUCUCCUGGACGCGGUGAAGACCUGUGGCCUUAUCAACUCGGUGCGGUUCUACCAAGCCUCGACGAGCGAGCUCUACGGGAAGGUGCAGGAGAUACCCCAGAAGGAGACCACGCCUUUCUACCCGCGCUCUCCUUAUGGGGCAGCGAAGCUCUAUGCCUACUGGAUUGUGGUGAAUUUCCGGGAGGCGUACAGCCUGUUUGCAGUGAACGGCAUCCUCUUCAACCACGAGAGCCCCCGGAGAGGAGCUAAUUUUGUUACUCGGAAAAUUAGCCGCUCAGUAGCUAAGAUUCACCUUGGACAACUGGAAUGUUUCAGUUUGGGAAAUCUGGAUGCCAAACGAGAUUGGGGCCAUGCCAAGGACUAUGUGGAGCACAGCCUGUGCCCAGGCCGGGCUCGUGCGUCAGAGCUGCACCUUGUCUCCACAAGAACUCGAGGGCUGUGCUCUUGGGGGACGGAGACCCAGCAGAGCGGAGGCCUCCGGCCGGACAGGAGCCCGGCGGCCGAGCUGGGGGAGCUGCCCGCUCUUCCUGGGCCCCUCGCCCCACGGUCUGACAAGGGUCCCUGGACAGCCCCCGCCUCUGGGCUGCGGCCCGCAGCUGCCCUCCCUGUUGCCCCCUCGCCGGCCGACUCUCGCGUGUCUGCUCCUGAAGAUGACCGUAGACGGAGCCGAGGCCCGAGGACCCGGGUCAGGAAGAAGCCGCAGCAGCUGUGCAAGGAGGGGAGGCGGCCCGCGGUUCCAAGCAGGGACUUCCGCUGUGGCGUGCUUGUACCGUCGUGUCGUCUGGGGAAGGUGCAGAGACAGCGCAGCUGGGCUUUCGGCAGGCCCUGCAGGGGACACCAGCGAGGCCCUGGAGACGGUGUCCGCACGUGGGGAAAGGGGCGGCUCUUACAGACGGCCCUGUCUGCCGCCCACAUCAAGUGUGUGGUGCGCACCGCCGCUGUCCCGGCGUCAGAGGCGAACGCAACCUUCGCUGGGUCCCUGCCUGUGGGAUCUGGGCUCUGGGAACCCGUCCUGUGCUGGACCACCUUGAAAGAUGGGGCUUCUGCCCUGGGGAUGAACAGAUAA